GGGUCCCGCGGAUUCCCCUCCAGCUUCCGCUUGGUAGCGCCCGCUUUGUCAGCGCGCAGCGCUCGCCGGGCGCCGGGCAGGUCUCGCCAGGUCUCACAGCAGACGGUGCCGACGCAGCGGUGUUGCGCCUCCCUCUCCGGCUCUGCUGCCCGGGAUUUCCCCAGAACCUGCGCCGCGCGAGAAGGAGCCUGGGAGCAUCCGCCCAGACUGCCCGGACAGUCGGCUCGACUCGCUGCCCUCGGCCCCAGCCGGGCUCCGCUCCUCGGGCGCGCGAGGGGCCGUGGUGGCGGCGGCGGCGCCCGGCAUGUUUCAUAGUCCGCGGCGGCUCUGCUCGGCCCUGCUGCAGAGGGACGCGCCCGGCCUGCGCCGCCUGCCCGCCCCAGGGCUGCGCCGCCCGUUGUCCCCGCCGGCGGCUGUUCCCAGGCCCGCAUCCCCCCGGCUGCUGGCGGCGGCCUCGGGCGCCGCGAGGUCGUGUUCCCUAACAGCGUGUUCCAUGGGAACCGGUACAAGCAGACUCUAUAGUGCUCUCGCCAAGACACUGAACAGCAGCGCUGCCUCCCAGCACCCAGAGUAUUUGGUGUCACCUGACCCAGAACAUCUGGAGCCCAUUGAUCCUAAAGAGCUUCUUGAGGAAUGCAGGGCCGUCCUGCACACCCGACCUCCCCGGUUCCAGAGGGAUUUUGUGGAUCUGAGGACAGAUUGCCCUAGUACCCACCCACCUAUCAGGGUUAUGCAAUGGAACAUCCUCGCCCAAGCUCUUGGAGAAGGCAAAGACAACUUUGUACAAUGCCCUGUUGAAGCACUCAAAUGGGAAGAAAGGAAAUGUCUCAUCCUAGAAGAAAUCCUGGCCUACCAGCCUGAUAUAUUGUGCCUCCAAGAGGUGGACCACUAUUUUGACACCUUCCAGCCACUCCUCAGUAGACUAGGCUAUCAAGGCACGUUUUUUCCCAAACCCUGGUCACCUUGUCUAGAUGUAGAACACAACAAUGGACCAGAUGGUUGUGCCUUAUUUUUUCUUCAAAACCGAUUCAAGCUAGUCAACAGUGCCAAUAUUAGGCUGACAGCCAUGACAUUGAAAACCAACCAGGUGGCCAUUGCACAGACCCUGGAGUGCAAGGAGUCAGGCCGACAGUUCUGCAUCGCUGUCACCCAUCUAAAAGCACGCACUGGCUGGGAGCGGUUUCGAUCAGCUCAAGGCUGUGACCUCCUUCAGAACCUGCAAAACAUCACCCAAGGAGCCAAGAUUCCCCUUAUUGUGUGUGGGGACUUCAAUGCAGAGCCAACAGAAGAGGUCUACAAACACUUUGCUUCCUCCAGCCUCAACCUGAACAGCGCCUACAAGCUGCUGAGUGCUGAUGGGCAGUCAGAACCCCCAUACACUACCUGGAAGAUCCGGACCUCAGGGGAGUGCAGGCACACCCUGGAUUACAUCUGGUAUUCUAAACAUGCUCUAAAUGUAAAGUCAGCUCUCGAUCUGCUCACUGAAGAACAGAUUGGACCCAACAGGUUACCUUCCUUCAAUUAUCCUUCAGACCACCUGUCUCUAGUGUGUGACUUCAGCUUUACUGAGGAACCUGAUGGACUUUCAUAAAUACUUGCUUUUGUCUUUUUAAUCACAAGAGUCUAUUUUUUUUUUUUUUUUUUUUUUGAGACAGAGUCUCGCUCUGUUGCCUAGGCUGGAGUACAGUGGCCUGAUCUCGGCUCACUGCAAGAUCCGCCUCCCGGGUUCAUGGCAUUCUCCUGCCUCAGCCUCCAGAGCAGCUAGGACUACAGGCGCCCGCCACCACGCCCGGCUAAUUUUUUGUAUUUUUAGUAGAGACGGGGUUUCACCGUGUUAGCCAGGAUGGUCUCGAUCUCCUGACCUUGAAUCACAAGAGUCUUAACAGGGAAUGUUUCAGGAAACAAACAAGAUAAGACAAUGCCAGAGGAAGGAUAGAAACAUGGGAAGUUUCUAUCAUUUCAUUUUCUACGUUUGCAGCAUGCCCUUGGAAAAGACUCCCUUUAGUCCCUUUUUCAAUUAAAACCUAUAGCGAAAAAGGCAUUUGCACUCCAAUUUUGGCUUGUGUUGUUUUCUUUUCCUUAAUAUUACAUUUUGAUCAUUUAAGGGCAUUAAAUUGGCUUGUUUUGGUCAGGUGUGGUGGCUGCUCAUGCCUGUAAUACCAGCACAUUGGGAGGCCAAGGUGGGAGAAUCACUUGAACCCAGGAGUUCGAGUCCAGCCUGGGCAACAUGGCAUGAGACCCCAUCUCUAUUUCUAAAAUAAUAAUAAAUUCGGUUAUUUUGAAGCUUUUUCAAUUUGAGGAUGCUAUAAAAACUCAGACUUGUUGCUUGAAUCUUCCAUAAUAGUAUGUAGGAGCAAUUUCUCUAAACAGCAUUUUAAGUUACUUAUUUGUGGGUUUUUAAAAUGUCAACAAAAUGCAUGACAAUAUUUAUUUUUUAUAUCUUCAUAUAAAAUUAAGUAAAUUAUAGCAUUAUGAACAUUUUAGAACCAUGCAAGAGAAGUUAUAAAGUAAUUUAUGGUAAUUUUCAUAAAGCUUUAAAAUAUUUUCAUUUGGGCUAUAACAAAAUGAGUACAAAGGAACUAUUUAGCCUGGAGGGGCUUUUGUUAUUUAAAUGUCAGAUUUCUUUGAUACAUUCUUCAAAAAUAAUCCUUGUCCUGCCUCUAUGUUCCAUUAUUGUGUUUUUUUUUUUUUUUUUUUUUUUUUUUUUU